CGGUUUACGACGAUCCCAGAUACAAACGCGAAAAAGUUUCUUUUCGGUGUGUGUUUUGAGCGGCGGAUCCAAAAAGUGUAAAGCAUUGCCAGGAGCUGCCCCAGGAAAAUAGAAGCUGCCACACACCCACCAUCCACCAACCACAAAAAUUAACGUGAAAGUCGCCGGCUAUUUGAGGCAGGUGUUAAACACAGCAAUUACGAACUACAAAUUGCCCACGGCUCUUGGGAAGUCGCCGCUGGAAUGCUGCAGCCAUCACUUCUGGUGGCGGUGCUGCUGCUGCUCCUGCUGCUGGUGCACUUGGAGAGGGGCAGCGGCAAGCCGCCCACCAAGGAGCUGCCCCGUCCGCUGAUCCCGCUGUUCGGCCUGGAGGAAGAGGAGGAGCUGCACCCGGAGCAGGUGGAGGGUGGAUUCCAGGGGACGCGGAAUGGGCGCUCCAGGCGUCCCACCUUGAUGGAUGUGGCCUUGCAGCAGAGCGUGCGACAGGGACUCGAUGCCAUGGCCGAGCUGUACGGUCGCAUUCAGCCGGAGAUGCUGCGCAAUGGCCAAACCCUGCAGGACAAUCAUCCGGCCGCGAUGCUCUCCCGCUUCAAUGCCCCCACUUCGGACUCGGAUCGCCGGGAGAUGGCCGCCUACGCCACCCUCGCCGCAGCCAAGGCCUUUCGCAAAAACUUCCAGCACAUCGAUGAGCUGGCCCGCCAGUCGCACUCGCAGCGGAUCUCGCUCCGGCGAACCGCCCUGGAGGGCCUCUGCCCGCCGCGGGAUCCGCCGCCCUGCAUGCCCGCCUCGGAGCGGUACCGCACCCACGACGGCACCUGCAACAACAAGCGACGGCCCAGGUGGGGCGCCGCCCAGAUGCCCUUCAACCGCUUCCUGCCGCCGGAGUACGGCGAUGGAGUGGACACGGUGCGCAGCUCGGCGGACGGCAGCACCCUCUCCUCGUCCCGCUUCGUCAGCCUGCUGGUCCAUGGAGCGCGGGAGGGGGAGGCACCGCUCACCCUGAUGAUCGCCCAGUGGGGCCAGUUGCUCGACCACGACUUGACCUCCACAGCUCAGCCGCGUUCCAUCAAUGGUUCGAUACCAAGUUGCUGUGGCGGCAAGGACUUCCAUCCCGCCUGCUUUCCCAUCAAGGUGCCGCUGGACGAUCCUUGGCUGGCGCCGCUCAAGGUGCGCUGCCUGGAGUUCCUCCGUUCGGCUCCGGCCCAGAGACGCGACUGUGUGCUCUCUUGGCGGGAGCAGACCAACCAGGUGACCUCGUACAUCGACGCCUCGCCCAUUUACUCGAACAGCGCCAAGUCCUCGGACAAUGGCCGCGUGUUCCGGCACGGCCUGCUCGUCUACGGACGCGGAGAUCCCGCCGAGGAUGUGUGCCAGCGGGGAGCCAUGGCCACCAAGUGCAUCCGCUCCGGAGACGGACGAAGUGGCGAGCAGCCCGGCCUGCUGGCCAUGCACCAUGUGUGGGUGGGCGAACACAACCGGAUUGCAAUGGAGCUGAGCGAACUGAAUCCGCAUUGGAGCGACGAGAAGGUGUACCAGGAGACGCGGCGGAUUGUGGGCGCCUUGUUCCAGCACAUCACUUUCAGGGAGUUCCUGCCCGUCAUCCUGGGCAGGGAGGUGGCCAAGCUCUUCGACCUGGAGCUGAUGCCCACCGGCUUCUACGAGCGGUACAGUUCCAAGGUGAAUCCCACGGUGGCCAACGCCUUCGCAGCCGCCGCCUUCCGUUUUGGCCACUCGCUGGUCCAGAAUUCCUAUACGAGAUGCGACCGUCACCACAACGUGAUCAAUAAUAAUGUCAGCCUGCACGAGGAGUUCCAGCGCGGUGACAUUGGCUCGGCGGGCUCACUGCAUCGCCUUCUGCGUGGCCUGGCCUCCCAGAGGGCCCUGAAGAGGGACGAGUUCAUCACCCCAGAGCUGACUAACCACCUGUUCCAGACCCCCGGCUUUCCCUUUGGCCUGGACCUGGCCGCCAUCAACAUCCAGCGGGGCAGGGACCACGGCAUCGCUCCCUACAGUUCUUGGCGAGUGCCCUGUGGCCUGAGCCCCAUUCUCAGCUGGGAUGACUUCGCCAACGUGGUGGGUCCGGAGUCGGCGAAGCGCAUUGGCCACGCCUACCGCAGCGUGCACGACAUCGACCUCUUUGUGGGCGGCAUUGCGGAGCGCCCAGUAGUGGGUGGAUUGGUGGGACCGACCUUUGCCUGCAUCAUCGCCCAGCAGUUCAGCAACGCGAGGCGGGGCGAUCGCUUCUGGUACGAGAACGGCGGCUUCGAGAGCUCCUUCACCCCCGCUCAGCUGCACUCCCUGCGCCGCGUGUCCUUGGCUCAGGUCCUUUGCCGCACGGUGGGUGGCGGCACCCUCCAGCCGCACAUCUUCAUUCCGGCCGAAUUCGAGGACAACGAGCGACAGACCUGCGGAGUGGGCAGCCUGGCCCCAAUCGAUCUGAGCCCCUGGCUGGAGCAAGAUCCCUUCCACAACCCACAGAUGCCCGACCAGGUGUUCAACAUUGCCCAGCCGCAAUUGGGGUCGGUGCAGAUCAUCAAGGAGGACAAGGCGGGCUUCUCGAACCGGGUGAAACCCAUUAAGCCGCAGGUGGAGCUCAGUGCCAAUUCGGGCAGCGGGUUUCAUCGACCCACCAGCGGGAACUCGACCAAAGUCAGUGACAAACUCGACCUCAGACGAAAGACAGUGACGAACAGUAACAUUAACCGACAGACCACGCCCACUCGCAAGCCCGUAAGUGGCGUCAACAACAAACUGGACAAGUCACCGAAGAUCACCAUCAACAUAAAGAGCGUGAAUGUGAGAAGGCCAGAGGGAUCGGGUCCCAAGCGAAGGGUGAUCAUCAACAAUGUGCCCGUGGAACUACGCAGCUCGGGGGGCAAUGCCACUGACACGCAGACAGGAACAGGAACUUUCACAGAGGACGAGAACGACUUUGACCAGGACGAAGAAGGGGACACUGAGGACGUAGCUGAAGUGAGGGCUAACAAAGAUGACCCUACCAAACCAAGCAAAUCAGACAUAAACCAAACUGAAACUGAAACUGACUUAAAGACGACACUUCAGGGGAACAAUACAAAUACAGGACAGACUACAGAAGCCUCAAAAACUGAAAGACGCGACGAUAGAAAGCUGGAAAACCAGCUGGACAAGACUUUGGACUCGCGACUACUGCACCUGCAGCGAAACCGUACUAGUACCCCAAGGGACAUCCAAACCAGCUCCACAGUCAGUUUGGAACGCUCCACUCGACAGACGAAAGCCCCCAAGAUCAGUAAACCCACGAAAAGGGGCGUGGAACUUAGACAGUACCAGAACAGACCGCUUUACGAGAGACCCCAAAAGGUGGUUGUGAACGGACCGAACGCCGACCAGUAUGAGAUUGAGAUAAACAUCAGACAGACGAACAAGAACCCCGGAUCACGACCCACGACGGAGUACACGACUGGCCACAAGCCGUACUACGACUCGAACUACGCACCGCAGCACGUGGACUACGCCAGCACUACUCCAGUUUCCAUACCAAGCUAUGGGUAUCAGCAUUCCCUCUCCGAGAUUAGCACCCAGGGACAGAGGACCAAGCCACCGACCAUCAUUUAUCUGAACGACAACGACGACAGACGGACGACGACGACCCGGGCACCGAACAUAUUCCAGAACUUCCUGACCUUUGCCACGAACAGCUUCAAUCCCCUGGGAAACCGACGACCCAUGCCCACGACUCCAUCCCCGAUCUCGCAGAGCCACAAUGAGCGGCCCCAGUUUGAGAGCAAUGUGGUGCACAGUCCCAUUAGCAACUCGCAUAUACUGACAGGAGGAUCCUCGUCCUUCUCCCCGCGACCGCCAAACUCGGUGCACUCGUAUCCGGUGGCCACCAGUUCCCAGAUUGGCGCCAAUCCCGGCUCCGGUUUUCUGCACGCUUCCAGCAGUGCGGUGAGCUCGGGCCACUUUGGCAGCAUCUCCGGAGUGGCCACUGCCAAUGGAGCGGACAGCACUUUUAGCUUCAACAUACGCCCUCGUCCCAGUCAGGACCUGAGUCCGGUGGUGAGCUCCUACCCAAGACCCAAUCAAAAUCAGGUGCUAGGAGGAGGGGGAGGGGGAUCGUACGGGCUGGUGGGUCAAUCCUCGUACAGACCGGACUACCAACCUGCCCAGAGCGAACUGUACUACGACAGGGAACUGAUCACUGACCGCAAUCCCAGCCCAUUCUCUGGAUCCAGUUCAGGGUUCAGACCACAGGCACAGACUUUUUACGGACGGACACCAGAACUCAAGGAGGCGGGCAACAACAGCAACGAACUGACUCAGACGGAGCACAAACUGUACCUACUGGACUAUGACUAUGUGAGCAGGACACUGUCCAACUUGACCACGGACGAAAGCCAUUCAACUGAAGAGGAUGCAGACUACGUGUACGACGAGGACUUACCCAGCAACGACCUGGACACGACGGAGACCCGGAAGGUGUCGGACCCGGCGGAAUUGUCCACCAAGAAGUUCGACAAGGACGGCUACAUGCGACCCCAACUGAUGCGAGACGCGACGCAAAACUCGACCGGAACGAACGUGACCUCCCUGGACGACAACUACGUAAUGCCCAUGCUGGAGAACAAGACGCGUACGAACUACGUGACGGAGGUGCCCAAGCCCAUGCUGUCCACCUCCAGCAGGAGUGUGACGAACAGCAAGGUGACUGUGUUUCCGGACAGCCUGGGCAAGCAGUUGGGCAACGACAUACUUGCGGACGAGACGGACGACUAUGUGGACGGGAACUCGGAGGCGCGGCUGAAGGCCCAGAGGCUGAAGCAACUGGCCAGUGUGGCUUUUGCCCCAAUCACCGUACUGACCAAGCCGGACAGACCCGACAACUGGGUGAUCUACAACAAGGCCAGCGAGGAGCCGCCAUUGCCGCAGCCACCGGCCAUCAACAUGGAUGUGGCACCCACCGGCGAAGUGCCCACUCCCAUUAAGAACUUCAACAAUGCCUGGCUAAAGCAGAAUCUAAAGGUUCAGCCGGAAACAUCAAAUGUUUCCAGGACCACUCAUAAAGAGGAUGUGCCGAACGGAUCUGAAACCACUAAGGAGGCGAGGGAGGUGACCACUGUGGCAACAGUGGACAGUAACUAGAAAUGCCAAAUUAGCCCUAGAUUACUUAUUUAUUUAUUUAUAAUUUAAAAGCACGAAUUAAAAUCAAACUAUCAUUCAA